CAAGGCUCUACAAUCAUUCUCUCCUCAUCUAAAUUUCACUUCAGAAAGCAGAAGAGAAAGAGACUCUCUCUCUCUCUCUCUCUCUCUCUCUGAAAAUCUCUUUGUUUUUUUCUGACAGACACUGAAUAUUCAGGCAAAGAUAGAAAGCUUGUCUUUCACUUUCAGUGCCUAUAUAUCUAAAAUCUAAGGCCAUCUUUUUAUUCAUAGAAUCAUAUAUACAUCAUGAGCAGCUUUAACAACUCAUCACCAGCCAACUCACCCUCCUCCUCGUCAAAGUCCAAAAGAAAGCAGCAGCAACAACAACCAGUACUAGAAAACCAACAGCAGCAAGGAGAAGCCAGGUUUCUUGGGGUAAGGAGGCGGCCAUGGGGAAGAUAUGCAGCAGAGAUAAGAGACCCUUCCACAAAAGAGAGGCACUGGCUCGGCACCUUCGACACUGCCGAGGAGGCUGCCUUGGCCUACGACCGUGCUGCUCGUUCCAUGCGCGGUUCCAAGGCCCGCACAAACUUCGUUUACUCUGACAUGCCGCCCGGCUCCUCUGUCACCUCCAUCAUCUCGCCCGACGAAACACAGCACGACAUCUCCGCCCUCUUCGCUCCCCAUCAACAGCAAAACGAUACGAAUACCCACUCCUCCACCCACCUCUUCUUCGGCCAGGACCCCUUCUUCGACAUCUCUGCCUGUCCAUUUUCCGGCGGAGACGACUGGGCUCAGGGCCAGGGGACGACUACUUGUGGAUCUAAAUACCAACCCAUUACGGCUAUCACAGAUGGUGGGCAAUCACAGUCACAAGAACAACCUCACCCUCACACGUACAAAUCCCAUGACAUUGACAGUACUGAGCUCCCGCCUUUGCCUCCAGACGCAUCCACUUUCUACGGGGCUGGAGUGAUGGGCUCCAAUAUGGGCCAAGAACUUUGGAGUCAUGACACCAGCUUUCUAGGGUUUUCUGAGCAAACUACAAAUGGGCUCGACUCAGCAGUUACCGCUCCAUAUUUAGGCUUUGAUUCUAAUGAGUUUGUGCAGCACAGCCCACUCUUCGGGAGGAUGCCACCGGUUCCAGACUCAGGUACCGAUGGAUUUGAUCUGGGUUCGUCACCUGCCUACUACUAUUAAUCCCUCUCACCCUUUUUUUUGUAAUUUAAUCUACAUGUCAGUUCGAUAUUGGGGUGUGUUUUUCUUUUUCGUUUUGUGAUUGUGGCGGGGGAAUGCAAAAGGCCUGCUGUUUUUUUUUUUUUUUUUUUUGUUUUUUUAACUUGUUAUCGUUUGUUUGUUUUCUUUUGGGAGGCAAGUAUAGCCUUAUCCUUAAAAGUGAAUUGU